AUGGUGGAGACCAGAGAUCUGGCACAGCUACGGCAGCUCAACCUGGAGCUCCUGAGGCAGCUGUGGGUCGGACAGGAUGCCGUGCGGCGGUCCGUGGCCAAGGCAGCCUCAGAGUCCAGCCUGGACUCCAGCAGCAGCUACAACUCAGAGAUGCCGUCAUCCCAAGAGACGUCCUCAGUGGCCUCGAGAGCCUCCUGCCCACAGGAUGCCCACCAAGGUGACCCCUGUGAUAGGGACGGGGCCAGCUCCGGGGUGAUCUCUCUCCCACCUGCCAAGUGCCUCCACCAGGAGUCCCCGGGCCCACUGAGGCCCCACUUGGCUCCCUUGCUGGCCACCUCAGACUCGAGCGACCCAGAGCUUUCAGCAGAGCUGGACAGUCUAGACACCCAGAAGGAAGAGGCCCUGAAGUCCCUCCUGGCUCAGCGGAGCAAGCUGUCCGAGCCGAGAGUGACCAACAAGGAGUCUCCAGUGCCUGAGAAGAGCUGGCGCCUCAGACCGUGCCUGGGCUAUGACUGGAUUGCAGGGUCUCCGGACAACAGCUCUCCCGUCACCAGCAAGCCCGAGGCCUUCUUCUCGAAGCUGCAGAAGUUCCGGGAAGCCAACAAGGAGGAGUGUAUUUGCAGUGACCCUGAAUCCCAGUUCCUAGGCCUGCAGGAGAGUAGUGCUGCGGAGGGGGACCACGAAUGUGUGUAUUGUUACUGUGUCAACCGGCGCCUGUUUCUGGUGCCUUCGGAUCCCGGCACCCCCUGCCGCCUGUGCCGGAUACCACGGGGCCAGCGGGGUCCGGAGACCCUGGCAGAGCCAGCGCAGGUCAGGGUGAGCAUCCCGCUGUCUGUCCUGGACCCCCCGCACCGGUACCGCAUCCACCGGCGGAAGAGCUUCGACGCCUCCGACACGCUGGCGCUGCCCCGGCACUGCCUGCUGGGCUGGGACAUUCUUCCUCCGAAGUCUGAGAAAAGCUCAGCCCCCAAGAGCCUGGACCUCUGGUCCAGUGUCUCUUCUGAGGCCCAACGUCGGAAGCUGUCAGCCACCAGCCCUUCUCACCGGGCCGUGCCAACGCGGGUCCCAGCCCUCACCCCGAUCUGGUCAGAACCCUCCGUGCCCCAGCCCCGCGCCCCCCGGCCGAAGCCCUGA